AUUCAUGGCCAAUACUAUGACCUUUUACAACUGUUUGACGUCGGCGGGUUCCCUCCCUUGACCAACUACCUCUUUCUUGGGGACUACGUGGACAGGGGCCGCAACUCAAUUGAAGUAACAUGUCUUCUCCUUGCUUACAAGCUGAAAUACCCGGAGAACUUCUUCCUGCUUCGCGGAAAUCAUGAAGUGGCUUGCAUCAACAUGAACUACGGUUUCUACCAAGAAUGUAAAAGAAGAUACAACAUUGCCAUGUGGAAAAAGUUCAAUGAAGUAUUUAACUGUCUGCCUGCAGCUGCAAUAAUAGACGACAGAAUCUUCUGUUGCCAUGGAGGCCUGAGCCCCCAUCUGACGACUAUAAAUCAAAUCCGCCGCCUAGCCCGACCCACGGACGUCCCUGAUGAAGGGAUUUUGGCGGAUCUUUUGUGGGCGGACCCGCACCCUGACCCCGGGGCAAAGGGCUGGAGUGAGAACCUGGACAGGGGGAUGUCUUACUGGUUCGGGGCUGACGAAGUGGAGAAAUUCCUGCACAAGAACGAUUUGGAGAUUAUCUGCCGAGCCCAUGACGUGGCCCAAGAUGGGUACAAGUUUUUUGGUAAGCGCCAGCUGGUCACAGUUUUCUCAGCUCCAAACUACUCUGGCCUGGACAACUGUGGAGCCAUUAUGACUGUCGAUGAAGAUCUCAUGUGUGCUUUCAAGAUUUUGAAGCCAAUAGACCGGAAGGCAAAAUACCGUUACGACACACUCAAAAGUAAGAGAUCGAAAUCAGAAGGAAAUCUGGCACCACCAAAAGAGGCUGCUGGGAGUUCGAGUGCUUCACCAGCAGCAGACACAGAGAAGACAUUUUGGGACCGGAAUCUCAGACCUGUGGCUCGAGAACGAGCCCUUAGCGCCAGUUUCUGAUAAGAAGCUACCACUCAUAUUUGUCAGUACCAGUAUGAUAAAUAUGUGUAUCUUUGGUUAGGUGUGCAAAUUGUACAGCUCUACUAUGGGUCAGUGACCGUAUUUUCAUUGCCAUGUCGUUUACCAACUGCACAGUAAUAACUUGGGAGACCUAAACAAGAGAUGAUUUGUUGCUGAACAAUAUUACGGUUUGGUAUGACUUUCUGAGAACAAUUGCUUCCUAUAG